GAUAAUGAUAAUAAGUUACUUUUCAGAACUAGUAAUAAUUCAUAAUAACUCAUUACUCAUUACAUACUCAUUACAAGAUAACUUCUUCUUUAUUAAUAUCAAGUAAACGAAAUAUAUAAAAAAGUAAUAUUUUCAACGUAAGUCAAAAUAAAAAUUUCCCCUUUUCAAAACGCUUUAAAUGUCUGUAAAUAGUAUAUCUUUGUUAAAAGAAAUAUUGAAAUUUUCCUGCCUUUAUUUAUGUAACAUCAUCGAUUUUACGCUUUCAAACCCAAUUGUAAUUCAAACCCCAAUGUAACAUCAUCGAUUUUAUGCAUUUAAACACUUGAGAUUCCUGAGGUUCCUUUCUUGCCAAUAUAAAGUAAUCACAUAAAUAUUUAUUUCUUGUCAAGUAAAAACAUCAAAAAAAAACCUUUUGAGACAAUUUUGACAAAUGUAUUGUAUUCAUUUUGGUGACACGUUGAGAGGAAUCAAAUUUACACAAUAUAUUACUACCUGAGUCCUGUAACAGUAGUCCGAUUACACAUACUAUCCGAAUACAAUGCUCGAGGCGAUCUUCCCUAUCGACACCAAGUAAAUAAAGGUUUUCCUAUUGGGAAAUGAUUUUCGAAAUAAUGAUUUACUUUUUCCUUUCCGGUGAGAAGAUCGAUUUUAAGCCAUUCAAAUGCUUGAUUUUGCUUCACAGAAUAGAACAACAAAUUUGUUUUCAAACGAGGUGUCGAAGUAUCUUCGGCAGAUAAAAUAGAGAUUUCAGCUUCACAUAUCUUUCCUACACAUACAAUUACUUAUAAUCAUCCCUCAACAGGUUCUCAUUUGAUAAAAGAAGUGACACUUUUAAAAAAACACUUUUAAUAUACGUUUUGUUUUUCCAUUACCUGCAUUUCCAUUUGAUGCUGCCACUUACGGUGCACGAUCGAAGCGCAACACAACUUGCCGUCUCGCGUUGCCGUAGCAACCGCGACUUGUUUGCAUGUCCCCGAUGUGAAUUUCGAAUCGUGGUUUUGCAAUCGCGCUAAUGAAUACGGCGAUCAGUCGUUCCGUCAAACGGACGUCCUUUUUCCCGCCCCCGCAUCGAAUAAUCGGAUUGAAAUGAACGACAUCGCGACGAACCUGCAAGACGUGGCCGAGAGAAAUCUCGUAUUUGGCAUACCACAAUCACCAGGAUAUCCGGAGGAUGGGCGCGAGAUUGAAAAACCUGUUAGAACCGUCGACGAGAUUCUGCGACAAGUACAACGCGAAUUAUGCUUGAUCGAGCUGUGUUGGCCGGAUGUUCCGCCGAUCACGGAGGAUCUCUAUGCGCGAUCACUUCCGGAUAGUUAUCGUUGCGUCAGCGACAAGGAGCGAUUGCUGCUGUGGUACGCGGAAAACUUCCGUCGGCAGGUCCAAGUGAGGCACAAAAAUCGUCGACCAUUGAUGUUAGCUUGUGCGAACGAAUGUGGUGUACAAAAAUUCGUAUCCACCAGCAUUAGACGAAGUACGCUGCCCUAUCCGGAGCUAUACACGUGGCGUGGAUGUGUAAAAUUCGUCAAUGAUUACAUCGAAUAUCAGCCACUGGAUGAACAUUUUCUUAUGGUAAGUAAAUAAAGAAGAAAAUAAAACCUUUUAUAUUAACAAGAGCGAUCUAAGGUUUUCUUUCUUAUAUGAUUUCUCUUUUUCAAUAAGACGAAUGUCGCGCGCAAUCUGAGUAAUUUUUACAAUCGUGAUACAAAUAUGAUACAAUUUAUCAUAUAUACAUUAUCGUGAUACAAAUAUGAUACAAUUUAUCAUAUAUACAGAUAAAUAUGAUACAUUUAUAAUAUGAUACAAAAAGUCUUGAUAAGGAAAAGUAUAAUAACUUCGUAAACUUAAUUAAACAUAAAAGUAACCUACCCUAAGAGGUAGAAAAAUAUAGGAAAGAGUGUGCCCGCGGGACUCUAUGAAUAUCGCGUCCUUGUUUUCGUCCUCACAUACCGAUAAAAGACGCAAA